UUCUUUUUUUUUUUAGUGAAUAUAUUGACGAGUCAGAGAGAAAAUGUUCUCUCUUUUAUUUUGAAAUUUAUCCUGUAUUAAUCUGAAAAGCCAGGUUUGGACGAGCGCUUAUGACGUCGGGUCUUCACAUAUGUACGUCAUUUGUCUCAAAAGUUGGUGAGACGCUUCGUGAAACUUAAGGCACCAACAUAAUUUGUCGUAUUAUUUCUACUACUUAGUUUUAAUUUACAGUAUUUAUGUUACAUCACCUUCCUACUGUUAAGCUGCCGCCUUGGUUUAAUCUAAACUAUUUCACAGUUAACUUUGCGUCAGUAGCGGCUGCGAUACGUUGUAGUAUUUUAAAGCCAGCUGUCAACUUUUCAUCCCCGCUAUGCCAUCAGCCGAAGCUCAACAACAACGAGAAUGACGCCGCAGGAGCAUAAACACUGGCUGAAUGUGGAUGUGACGUAAGGAGCGGGAAACAGCUGUGACAUCAUGGACGGCAGAAGAAGACUGUUUACCUCCGGCGACAGCGCCUUUCUGCGAGCUGACGACGGCUCGGCUACACUGUGGCACAGCACUCCAGUUAAAGAGAAAGGUAGAGGUUCUCCACUUGAUGGCAAACAGCCACGUGGUCCAAACAGAGGUUCACCAACACAGUGGGUCCAGAGUUCUGCUGGAGUCCCAAUAGAUUCCUGCUGUGGUCACAAUGUUCAAGGUGCUGAGGAGCUUCCUGUGAAAGACCCGAGUAGCUCCACCAUCCAGAGGCAGAGGAGGGAGCUCCAGCUCCUGAUGGCCGAGCUGAAGGACAGAGAGCGAGAGCUGAACGCCAUGUCGGCUUCCCAUCAGAGACAGCACCAGGCCUGGGAACAAGACCGUGAGACUGCGCUGGUGCUGGAGCGGAGGUGUUCUCGUUUGGAUGAUGAGUUGCAGAGGUCCAACGAGGUGAUCAGUGUCCUGACUAAACAUGUGUGGGUUGUGGAAAGCAGAGAGAAAGAGGCGCAGAUGCAGCUAGGCGACGCUAAGCAGCUGCUGUGUGAGCUGGAAAAGCAGCAGCAGCAAGUCAGUCAAAAGUGUCAGGACUACGAGGCAAAGAACCAGAGCCUCAGCUCCGCUGUCAUGGCUCUGUCCACACAAGUUGGUUCUCUGCAGGUCCGAGAGGAAGAACUGAGUUCAAUGCUCAAGCUAAAAGACAAAGACGUGGUCGAAGCCUCGGGUCGUAACCUGGAGCUGUCGGCGAGGCUCCAGGACCUGGAGACGUCGUUGGCAGAGAGUCGCUCUCAGGAGAACAAGCUGCUGAGAGACUUGGAGGAAAUGAAGCGGCGUUACAGAGAAGCUAAGCACGAGGUCUCCCAGCUCAGAGCGGAGCUGCAGCAGCAGGUGAGUCAGAGCAGCAGGCAGAGAGAGGAGAUCAUCCGUCUGAAGCAGGAGCUGCAGCUGCUCCACACGGACCUGGCCCUGACUGACGAGGGCGAGAGCUGGAAGGACGAGCUGCUGGAGCUGUCUCGCUCCAAGCAGGAGCGCAUCAUGUCGGAGCUGCUCUGCCUGCAGCAGGUGUGUGAGAACCAGAGGAGUGACCUGCAGCUGCUGCGGCUGAACCAAGAACGAACACAGAGAGCUCAGAGGGAAACACACCAUCAGCAAUUACCUAGCAGGCAGGACGAAUCGGCCUGUAACUAUGACGACGUUCACUCCCUGAAGAACCUGAGACGUGAUCUUGAAACCUCACCAGCAGUUGGCGUUCAUGACUCCAACAGCAAACCUGAAGGCUUUCCAGCAAACACGACGGAUGUUGCCGAUCAGCUGUCAGCAUGUUCUCUACAGCAGCCGUUGGGCAACUCCAGGCUGCUUCCAGGAGAUCCUGAAAGCAGCAGCAGCUUGAGACGUCGCGUCUCCACAGGUUGUAAUUCCAGCUGUGGGACCGCUCAGCCACACACAGCCCACCACCACCAGAACACCACGAUACCCAAGGUACAGAGAGGGUGUGACAACCUGGAUGGCGUAAAAGCUCCUCUAAGUCUGGGCGUGUAAAGAUGAAACCGCUUUGUUUUCCCC